ACAAAGUUUUAACGUUUUCUCUCUACAAAUUGGCAAAAAUGAUGAAGCUCAAAUGUUGGAUCUUGGUAAAGUUGUUAACAUUAAAUGUUCUGACAGUUCUUUGUGCUUCACAACAAUUUGAUUUCUUCUACUUUGUUCAACAGUGGCCAGGAUCAUAUUGUGAUUCGAAAGAAUGCUGUUAUCCAAAUACAGGCAAGCCGGCAUCUGAUUUCGGCAUCCAUGGCCUAUGGCCCAAUUACAACGAUGGCUCGUAUCCAUCAAAUUGCGACCCACAAAGCCAAUUCGAUCCAUCCAAGAUUUCGGACUUGACUAGUAGAAUCCAAAAAGAAUGGCCAUCUUUGGCAUGUCCAAGCAGUGACAACCUAGAUUUCUGGUCUCAUGAAUGGGUCAAACAUGGAACUUGCUCUAUGUCCGAUCUUGACCAGCACGAUUACUUUGCUAUGGCCCUAAAUCUCAAGGAACAGAUCGAUCUACUGCAAGUCCUAGAAAAAUCAGGUAUUCACCCCAAUGGAGAGGUCUAUGACUUGGGUUCCAUCAAAGAUGCAAUAAAAGAAGGCACCGGUUAUACGCCAUGGAUAGAGUGCAAUAGAGAUGAAUCGGGGAACAGCCAACUUUAUCAAGUCUACAUGUGCGUGGACACUUCGGGGUCUAACCUUAUUGAAUGUCCAGUGUUCCCUCAUGGAAAAUGUAGUUCCAGUAUUGAGUUUCCCUCCUUUUAAGUAGAAAACGUGCUAAACAGUAUUGAUCAAGACAUGGAGACGGUAGCAUGAACAAGAUUUUAGCGUCUUUUUCGUUUACUGUUGUUCAAUACUGUGUACCAAGCAUGUGUUAUCUCUUUCCUGUUUUUCUUUCCUGUGUAAGUACUUUCCUUUGUUCUAUUCUUCCAAAUCCUCGCGUCUAUGGUGUUCACAUGUUUACUCAAUUUAAGAGCUCGACUCUUGAACAAAAUUGAAUUUGAUUUGUUUAUUAUUCUCAUCUAAACAAGUUUUUGAUUAAUCAAAUUCUAG